AUGGCGUGGCAUCCUCGAGUAAUCAAUCCGCGAGUGUCGGAACUGGCCAAGUCGAAAGGAAAUGGGAAGCGUGCGUCUGUGGAUACCCUGGGACUGGUGAGAAGGUUGGAGGGGCAGGGGGUGCCGUCCAAUCAGGCCGAAGCGAUUACUCGGCUUAUCACAGACAUUUUUAUGCAUGGUGUGAGUGAAUUUUUUGAUUUGCAGAGUGAGAUGGCUCAAGAUGCUAUCUCCAAGUUCAAGUCUGAGGUCAAGAGCUCACAGGAGCGCCAUUUUUCAUUGCUGCAACGUGAAACUGAAAAGCUUAAGGCGGACAUUGAAAAGAUGCGCAACGAGCUUAGGUAUGAGGUUGACAAGGCGACUUCUGGACAACGUUUAGAUCUAAAUCUUGAAAGAGGGCGCUUGCGUGACGAGCUUGCCAAACAGACGGCUGAAACAUCUGACCUCACUAACAAGCUUGAUCGAGAAAUUCAUGCCUUAAGGGCCCAAUUGGAGGCUGCAAAAUAUGACGUUAUCAAGUAUUGCGUUGGUACCCUGGUUUCAAUAUCUACUGUUGGUCUGGCUGUUAUCCGAAUUCUGAUGUAGCAGCAUUCUUUUUUACUGAGUGAGAUAAUACAAUUAAGUUAAUAGAUGCUCAAAUAUAUUCAUUCUUUCUGAUAUGUAUGAAUGCUCUCAAAGGCUGUAAUUUUAACCUUUGGCAUAAUUUUUUUCCUCCUUUGCUAAGCUGGAAGCAUUAUGGUGAAAUCCAGUUGUAGCUCCGGUUGGUUCUCAUUGCUGGAUAAUUUAAUUCAAGUUUUUUUU